AACCUCCGCGUUACACCCCAAUAUAAAAACCCCAAAACCAAAACAACCAUUCUAUAAUUCCUUCUAUCCCUCCACCAACAUUCCUCUACGUCAUUAUCCUUCCAGGCCCGGCCCGAACCCAAAUACAAAAAACACCCUCUCCUCCCCUGAAUCCCGGCUACGUCAUUACCUUUCAAACCCGACCCGGGACUCAAAAAUAUAAAGAAACACCCUCUCCCUCCAAAUCCCCUCUACGUCGUUACCCUUUCAGACCCGGCCCGAACUCAAAAACAUAAAGAAAGACACCCUUUUCCCCGGAAUCCCAUCUACAUCGUUGCACUGAGCCCGGCCCGAACUCAAAACAUAAAGAAAGACACCCUUCUCUCCGGAAUCUUGUCUACAUCAUUAGUUUUCAAGCCCGGCCCGAACUAAAAACCAUAAAGUACCCCUUUCCCCCGGAAUCCUGUCUAACUCAUUACCUGUCAGGCCCGGCCCAAACUAUAAAAACAUAAAGAAAGACACCCUUUUCCCCGGAAUCCUGUCUAUAUUAUUGCUCUGAGCCCGACCCGAACUCAAAAACAUAAAGAAAGACACCAUUUUCCCCCGGAAUCCUGUUUACAUCAUUACUUUCAGGCCCGGCCCGAACUAAAAACAUAUAGAAAGACGCCCUCUUCCCCGGAAUCCCCUCUACAUCAUUUCCCUGAGCCCGGCCCGGCCCUAAACUCAAACACAAAAGAUGCACAGCUCAAACGUAUGGGGAGGAUCAUACGAAGUAGCAGUACACAGAGACGAACACGAACACAACAACAACAACAACAACAACAACAAAAGCAGAGAAAUGGAAGAUUGGGAUAAAUCAAGCUUACUUUACCAAGAACAACUCCAUAAUCAUCACAAUCAAAAUCACACUCAUGAAUUAGAUCAAGUUCAACAAGGUUGGUUAUUAAUACCACAAGACAAAACCCGCAAAAACAGGAAGAACAAGUAUGUUGAUUUUGGGUGCAUUAUUGUUAGCAAGAAGAUACUCAAAUGGGCAUUUUGGUCUUUUCUAAUUGCGUUCAUUGUUAUUGGGUUGCCGAUUAUUAUUGCUAAGUCUUUGCCUAAGCAUAAACAUGGACCUCCUCCUGCUGAUAAUUACACUGUUGCCCUUAAUAUGGCUCUUCGGUUCUUCAAUGCCCAGAAAUCGGGGAAAUUGCCGAAGCAUAACAACGUAUCAUGGAGAGGAAACUCGGGAUUAAAAGACGGAUCAAAGUUAACCGAUGUAAAAGGAGGAUUAGUUGGUGGAUAUUAUGAUUCAGGAGAAAACACUAAGUACCAUUUUCCUAUGGCAUUUGCAAUGACAAUGCUAAGUUGGAGUGUGAUUGAAUACCCUCACAAGUACGAGGCCAUUGGCGAGUAUGAUCAUGUUCGCGAGCUCAUCAAAUGGGGGACCGAUUACUUGCUCAAAACCUUCAAUAGUUCGGCCACUCAGAUCGACAAAAUCCACAGCCAGGUUGGUGGUGCACAAAACGGAUCCACUAUCCCGAGCGACGUCACCUGUUGGGAGAGGCCCGAAGACAUGGACUAUGAACGCCCCGUGCAAACAAGCUUUGCAGGGGCUGAUCUAGGUGGAGAAAUGGCCGCGGCCUUUGCUGCAGCCUCCAUCGUAUUCCGUGACAACCAGCUUUACUCGAAGAAGCUCGUCAGAGGGGCAGAAACCGUGUUCCGGUUUGCUAGGGAUACCGGUAAAAGAGCCCCGUAUAGCAGAGGAAACCCAUGGGCUGCACCGUAUUAUAACUCAACCGGGUAUUACGAUGAGUACAUGUGGGGUGCUACUUGGUUGUAUUAUGCAACCGGGAAUUCAACCUACGGUUUGCUGGCUACUAAUCCCGGGAUUCCUAAGAACGCGAAGGCGUUUAGGAUGAACACGAACACGAGCUACUUGAGUUGGGAUAACAAGUUGCCUGCUGCUAUGUUGCUGUUGACGAGGUUUAGGAUGUUUCUGAAUCCUGGUUACCCGUAUGAGCAGACUUUGGCGCAGUACCAUAAUGUUACGAAGCUUAAUAUGUGCUCGUAUCUUAAGCAAUUCCCGGUUUAUAACCGGACUCGAGGAGGACUGAUAGAGCUGAACAGCGGAGGGCCGAAGCCGUUGCAGUACGUAGUGAAUGCUGCAUUUUUGGCGAAUCUGUUUGCAGAUUACAUGGAGUCUACUGGGGUGCCUGGAUGGUAUUGUGGCCCGAAUUUUAUGCGUCAAUCUGAUCUUCGUAACUUCGCUCAAACUCAGGUUGAGUACAUUUUGGGCAAGAACCCAAUGCACAUGAGCUAUGUGGUGGGCUUCGGAAACAAGUACCCGAAACACGUGCAUCACCGGGCUGCGUCGAUACCGCGCAAAAACGGAGGGAAAUGUAAAGGGGGUUACAAAUGGAGGGACAGCAAAAAGCCCAACCCAUACACAAUUAUUGGGGCAAUGGUUGGUGGUCCGGACCGUUUUGACAACUUCAAAGAUAACCGCAAACUAGACCGCUACACCGAGCCCACAUUGGCUGGAAAUGCCGGUCUAGUGGCGGCUCUUAUCUCGUUGACGGCAACUCCCGGGGUUUCCGGAGUGGACCGGAACCUUAUAUUUUCGGGUGUUCCCCCGUUUUAUACUCCGGCCCCACCUCCCCCCGCACCGUGGAGGCCCUAAGAGAAUCGAAGGAAAAAAACAGAAAUGUAAAUUUUAUUUCCUUUAGAUUAAUGUCCUCAACCAAACGGCCCCUUAAUUCAUUUUGAAACUCAUUUUUUUGGCAGGGGUUUUAGCCAUUUUUGCCUUCUAGAAAGGGGUUUUCCCCUUUGUUUAUAUACCUAGGGAUGAUUAAUAUGUUUGAUCCAUCAUUGUUGAAUGUUUUGCACAUUGAUUUUGUAUUAUCAUCAUGAUUAAUGGUAAAUGGAUGUAAUUUUGGGAA